AUGGCUGUCUAAAUUCCAAAAAUCAACUAAUUUAAGAAAUAACUUUAUUUAUUUUCAAGAAAUUCAAUGUAAAAAUUCUUAAAUCAAACCACAUAAAGGACACUUAUUCUUAUCUAAAAUAUCAGUAGGAGUAAGGAUGACUUAUGCGCAGCUGCUAAUUGUGUGAGCAAAGGGAAAGAGUGCAAAAUGAGGGAAAAUAUACAUUAUGAAGGUAUGUAGUUAUAAGUGUGAAACUUUACUGCUGAUAUUAAGAGAAGUUAAAGAUGUAAUACAUCUUCAGGAUCUGUCCAAUACGACUUGCUUACUACUAUAAUCAUACAUAAUGAAAGGGACCCCUUUAUUAAACUAGAACGAAUCUAAUUCUGGCUUGAGGAAAGAACCUCUGUAUGGGCAACUUGUAAUUCUAAAUUAACUCCCCUCUAUUAGAGUCUCUUAGCUCCAUUUGGCUAUUAUCGUAAGUUGUAAACAAAUUUGUAAGUUCCUUNGUGGUAUUGGUAAGUCUAUCCAUUUAUGGGAUGCUUAGACUGGAAAAUAAAAAGGCAUUUUAGAUGGUCACUCAAAUUAUGUUUAUACAGUAUGUUUUUCUCCUGAUGGUACUACACUAGCAUCUGGUAGUGAUGAUUAAUCAAUACGCUUAUGGGAUCUUAAAACAAAGAAACAGUAAGCCAAACUAGAUGGUCAUUCAGCUUAAAUUAGAUCAGUAUGUUUCUCUCCUGAUAGUACUACAUUAGUAUCUGGUAGUCGUGAUAACUCGAUCUGUUUAUGGGAUGUUAAGACUGGAUAAUAAAAAGACAAAUUAGAGGGUCAUUCACGUUAUGUUUAUUCAGUCAAUUUCUCUCCUGAUGGUAAUACAUUAGCAUCUGGUGGUGGUGAUAAGUCAAUCCGUUUAUGGGAUAUUAAGAUAGGAUAAUAAAAAGCCAAAUUAGAUGGUCAUUCAGAAAUAGUAUUAACAGUAUGUUUCUCUCCUGACGGCGCUACAUUAGCAUCAGGUAGUGAAGAUAACUCUAUCCGUUUAUGGGAUGUCAGGACAGGAUUACAAAAAGCUAGAUUAGAUGGUCAUUUAAAUUCUGUCAGAUCAGUUUGUUUCUCUCCUGAUGGUAUUACGCUAGCAUCUGGUAGUUCUGAUAAGUCGAUUCGUUUAUGGGAUUUACAACCUAGGCAACAAUUAUUAACUUUAGAUUUUUGUUAUAACGAAGUUCUUGCAUAAUUCUUACCCCAUUUUUUUAAAAGCCUCCCUCUACAAGAAAGUGGUAUUAUUUUUUAUUAUCAGUUAGUUACAUCCCAUAUUACUAUCCUUUUAAUAUCAAAAUAAUUAAUAUUUUAAUCAUAAGGUGCUCUAAUUUUCAAGGGAGAAUUUAUUAGUCAAUCAGGCAUAGAUUUGAGGAAAUUAUUUCAAUAAAAAGGAGCCUGCAUUUUAGAAAACUAAAUUGGUUCACAAAAACAAUAAAAUUGA